CAGGUCCAGAACUGACGGCACCAGCCAAGCAGACUCGCGGAUAACUCGGAGGCAGUUUGGGACUCCUUGUUCACGUUUCAGAUUCUCUGCAUACGGCCGUAUUCGAAGCACCGCCCGGCGUUAUGGAAGUGACAGCGCGAGUCGUCCUUGCCUUGGUGGUUGUGCUUCUUGCAGCGGUCCCGUCGUCAGUAACGGCCGCUGACGCUGACACCUGCAGCGAUCCAAGGACGCUGGUGUUCACUAAGGUUCCGGCAGCCAACCCGACAAGUCGUGCUGAAGUUACCCGCAGCGCGGUGGUGCAGCUGUUCGUGGGAAUGCAUCGAAUAUUAAGUGGCAUGCUGUUCUCUGGAGACAUGCCGGAAGCUGCAAACAAGGGCGGGAAAUUGGACGCCCAACUCGCGAUCGGCUUGCUGCUGGGUGGCACUGGCGUCGUGCUGCUCGUGGCGAGCGUCAUCCUAGCCGUGCUCGUGCCCCUCAUCGGGCUCGUGGUGCUGUGCGUCCGUUGCCUGCGGCCGUCAGCGGACCAAGAGCCGGAAACCGAGGAACAGGCGGCGUCGCGAGCCAAGUGGAGCCUUCGCUUCUGGGUGCUCAUCGCGUCCUUGGCUUUCAUGGUCUUCGGCGCACUUCUAACCAAGGGUCACGCGUCGGUGGCGUUGGACGGCAUCCAGAACCAGGGGCGCUUCUUAGCCGACGCGAUUCCGGGCGUCUUCCACGGACCGAUAAACGACUUGGGUGUUAUAGCCGGGCCAAACUUCAGGGAGUUUUUAUCGGCACUGGAUCAGCGCUUUGACGACUGCACCGAGAAGGCUGCCACCACAGCGGAAAACGCUAUAGCCAGCAACCCGCUACUGAAGUUUGCCUCAACCGCCGCAGAACAUCUGCUACAGAUCAAUAAGCUCAUCGAGACUACCAAGGAAGUGGCUUACAGUGCUGACGUUUCGGAGGUCCACAGAAGCAUCCGCAAUGCCUCGACAUCCCUAGGUGACGCUCUGGCGGCUUGCUCCGGCUCCUGCGAGUCGAUCAAGCCAAACCUCGAGGAUAUGAGGGGCAAGGUGCAAGGGUUUCUCGCCAGUAGGGCCGACGUUCCCCACCGCGCUAACGUUCUGAGCCGUAAGCUGACUUACGGUAACUUGUCUCGGCACCUCGCCCAGAUUCCAAGGCAGGAGAAAAUAGGAAAGGAUUUCAGGAAGCAAACAAAAGAAUCGAAGGCCAAGCUGCGCCAGUACGGUGCCCGCUUCGUCAAAAGCGUCGGUGAACUCAACGAUUCCGUCAAGCGUUCGGUGGAGGAGGCCCAGAAAGCCGUCCUCAGCUUGGACAACAUGCCUGACGAUGUAGCAACAGGCCUGGGAAUAUACGGGAUGGUGGUCACGGUCGUUGCUGUCGUCAUCAGCAUCAUAGUGGCACUGUACCUGUUAGGCAACCAGUGCUCCAUGUGGCGCGCCCCGAGGGGCUGGUGCAGUUUCAAUGCGGCGAGCUGGGCGAUGACUGUGGCGGCCUUCGCGUUCAUCCUCUUCUUCCCGCUCUUCGUGAUCGUCUCGACGCUGGGCAUGGCCACGGGCAUGGCCGCCGACCGGAGAUUGUGCGUUCCCGCGCAGGACCUCGGCGCGCCUGGUUCGCGCUCCUUCGUCGAGUUUGUGGCAAGCAGGCUCGGGAGCAAGGAGGCAGACCGCGGCUCCGCCGCUUUACACGAAGACGACACAGAAACGCACGCCUUGCGCAUCGCCAGCAGACAACGGCGGGGAGGCGUCGCCUCCUCCAAGCCGCGCCAUCUUGUGGCGAGCUCCGGAAGCCCUUCCAGUCGGCGAAGAAGAGCGACAUUGGCAUCGUCGAAGCGCCGACACGGGGCGAAGCACCCGGCGAGCGGUCACGGAUUCGCGCGUAAGACGGCCGGACGCUUCGAGUCGCUGGAGCGGCGGGAGUCCAGAAGUGCACCGCAGGCGAGGACACGACGCAGGCGAAGGCAGCAACGUGACGGCGACAUUGGAGGCUUUGAACCUCCCGCCGAUCUUCCCUCCGCGCUCCAGAAAGAAUUCACGCCGAAAGCGGUGAAGGGCAUGCUGGAGCGUUUCGCGCAGUGUUCGCGCUCCAAACUGCCCUUGGUGAAGCUUUUGGGCAAGGACAUGGUUACAAACCUGGCAAAGGUCAUCUUGGGCAAAAAAAGCCCGUGGCUGGGGCUCGUGGAAGACACGGCUGGCGCCCCAAAGUUGGAAGCCCUCGACAAAUUGGGCAGCCAAUGGACGGGGCUCAACGUCGGCAAGGAUGUGAAGAAAGAGCUCAAACUCAUUGCCGAGGAACCCAUCGACGCGACGCUUUUCCAGAAUAUUUCGACCGCGGCUCGUAGAGCUAAGAGUGACUUCGCAAAUUUCGAAAAUACGAAAGCCGAUGCACAGGGGUACCUCUCCAAGGCAGGAACGGCCGCCACAAGCUUACAGGAGAUGAUUACAGCCCUGGACAAGGCUUUACAGCGGAAGGCUGCCUUCGAAAACCAAAUGGAUAUCAUCGUAAAAGCCGAACAGGAGCUGGCAAAAGCUGCGACGGUGGAAGGACAAAGCCUCGACGCCUGGAUCAAAGAGAAUGUGGCUAAAUGGAGCAGCAUGGAAGCGGGAAUGCAAGGUGCCUCCGACAGGGUUCUCGCCGUCGCCGCGAAGGCGAAGACUGGCUUGAAGAGCGACGUCACGCAAUUCUACGAGCACGCAAAGGAACAGAUACAGGAGCACAUUGGUGAUUGCCGGCCGUUCUACGUGCUGUACAUAUCGACCGUCAACACAGCCUGCGACCAUGGCGUCCGACUGCUGGCUGCCUACUGGUCCAGCGUCUGGUGGUUCAUGGUACUCGGUGUGCCGUCCGUGGUGGUCGCCCUCAUGCUCUCCGCCCAUUUUGCCAGGGCCACCGUCCAGGCGGAAGUCACCAAGGACUCGCUCGUGCAAAAAACAAACCCCACUGAACCUGCAUCCGUGGCGGCAGUUGCUGUUCCACCUGUAAAUCCUGCGGACCCGGGCCGUGCAACUGGCACAUGAAUAAACGGCUGAGUGAUCAGCUGAGAGUUGCGUAUC